UGAUCGUCCGGGAGACGAACCAGAGCGGGAUUCAAUGGAUGUGAGUGAUUCUCAAGAAAAUUUGGCGGCCCUGGAAGAACUUGCACGGAAGCUAAGGAUGGUUAUUGUUCACUAGAACUAUGCUAAGCGAGGCCCUUCCUUAAAGUUGGCCGCCAGAACCCCUCCAUGCAUCGGACAUAUCCACCACCACCACCCAUUUCCACCCUCCUUCUGAGAUUGAUACACGACCUCACUUCCUCGACCCCAUCCAUUCUUUCACAUCUGGUCACGAUUGCAGCACACUUGGCAGCGAAACACCUCCAAUCGGAAACACUUGCCACCAACCGAUUUUAUUGGGCGAAACCAGUAAAGCGGAGCCAUCUUUGUUAAUGCUCUCUGCUAUCACCACGACCCUGCAAGGAUAGUGAAUUGUUUUGACGACCCAGGCCCUGGUAACAACCACGCAGUUGCAGUUGCAAAACAAAAACGGCUCUUGAGCGACGCUAUUAAAGUCUUUGCGUACGAACUCAUCUUCGCAUUCUUCCCGAGGGACCUCCUAGAUCCAGGACUUCCGAGCUUCUUGCACCCGUCCGCACUCGCAACACCAAAGAACCCCGCACCAUCACCGUCACGAUGAACCCCCACAUGAAGAACAAGGUCGACAUCAACGUGAGUAUAUCCCUCUGCCUCAUCCCAAUACCACCUAUUCCACUGCCUAGACAGACACGUGCGAAAGCACCAGCUAAUCGUCCCCAGUCGCUCUCCCCAGAUGAGCAACGUCUCUUCCGCCUCUACGGCAAACUCCCCUCCAAAUCAGACCACCUAGCCAAACACCUCAAGGAGCGCAAAUACUUCGAUUCCGGCGACUAUGCCCUAUCCAAAGCAGGCAAAGCCAGUUCCGUCGACACAGGCAGCGUCGGUUCCCAACAUCCCCUCCCCGAGAACAUCCCUCACCUUUCCUCGCCCGGCGUAGGAAAUGCAAGCCAAGGAGGCAGCGGAAACGGCAACAUCCUCCACCACCCCGCUCACACGACCGGUUUGCCCAGCGGAAGCCCUGUCAAAGAGAGCAGCUACUUGAACCGCGAGACGAGCGUCGAGGAGUUGGAGGAGAAGGAAAAGGCAGCGGCUGCUAGUACCAGUCCAAAUGUUACCAGUCCACCACCUGCGAAUGAAGGAAUCCCAAUUCGAAGAUAAGCAAAAGUGGAAGGGGAUGGGGCAGAGGUGAAGGCUGUUCAAGCUAUGGAGUACCCGGAUGAUUAUUACGAUUUUGAUGGAUCUGGCGUUCACGGGCUUGAUUAAGGGAUUAGGAGCCUUUCUAUGUAAAUGUUGCGAUUGUCACGAAGGCUGGAAUUCA